AUGGCCAUUGACAACGAAAGCGGUAAGGGAUACCCGGCGAGUUGGAGCUUGUCUGCAAAGCCCAGUGAUUUCUACAAAUCGGCGUCGAACCUACUGUUCUGCCGGGCAGACUCGACAUUCCUUUGCUUCAACUACGACGCCAAGGUUCAUGGCACGAACAAGCUCGCCUCCCGGCACGAGCGAGUCUGGAUGUGCGAGGUCUGUGAGCAAGCCCCGGUUAGUGUCACCUGUAAGACUGGCGUUGCUGCCCUCUACGUCACUUGCGACCGAGACAUCCACUCAGCAAACCCACCCACCUGGCAGCACGAGCGAAUUCCUGUCGUUCCGUUCUACGAAUCGGCUGCCUCCGCCAUGAAAUCUAAUGUAGCCAACCUCCUUGUUCCUGAUGGCCUCCUCAAGUCCUCGGACGACGAUGACGAUCGUAACGACAAAGAGGAAGACAAUGACACCUACCGCAAGGAGGCCGAAGCUGCUUCUUGGUUACUUCCAAACCCAAACCUUGCCAAACUCAUGGAAACACCCGAUUUGAAGUCAGGCGACUAUUUCUUCUCCGACGUGGAUCCUUAUCUCGAUCUCGACUACGGGUCAUCCAUGGAGACGAGGUAUCACCACCAGAACAGCACCAAUGCUGAUAGUGUAGUUCCUGUGCAUACGAAACCCCCUCCGCCACCACUGAUGAACACCUCCAAUCACUGCUUCGAUAUGGGUUUCUGCCGAUCCAAGCUUUCUUACGGCUACACCACUCCAACAAUUAGCUAG